GGAGCCGAGGAAUCCGCACUCACCUGAGCUGUCUGUCACAAAAGUCUGAUUCGCUCAGUGACUUCUCCACUCUUCAGUAUGACGCCAAGCACAAUCAAGCCCUUAAACGACUGACCGCAGAGGAAGCCAGACGAUGGGCUCGGUCGUUUGAUCUACUCCUGUCUCAUAAAUAUGGCCGCUCUGCAUUCCGUGCCUUUCUGCAGUCAGAAUUUCAGUGAGGAGAAUUUGGAGUUCUGGAUGGCCUGUGAAGAAUACAGGAAAACCCGCUCCAUGAACAAACUGCCAGCAAAGGCUCGUCGUAUCUUCCAAGAAUUCAUUGACGUUCAGGCUCCCAGAGAAGUGAAUAUUGAUUACCCAACUCGAGAAAUGACUAAAAGAAAUCUGCUGCACCCAACGUUGUCCUGUUUUGACCUGGCCCAGUUGAGAGUACGUAGUCUAAUGGAAAGGGAUUCCUACCCAAGGUUUCUUCGAUCUCAAAUCUACAAUGACCUACUCAGCCACACGCAGAAGAGUCCAUGCUAG